CAGGUCUUAGCAUGGAUGAGAGCCGGAGCAGCUCAAGGCCAGCGUCUUCCCAAUGCCAUUCCCCUCCAGGGAGCCCCUUGAGAAACAUGGUGGAAUAUUUCAAGAACCUUAUCAAGAACUCAAUAUCUCCAAAGUUUCGUGAAUGGGUAAAGGAAUACUGCAAAAGGAACGGCUUGCUCACCUUAUCAGUGUUAGCAGUGAUGUCGGGUUGUGUGGUGGGGUUCACAUUAAGAAGCUUGAACUUGUCGACACAGGCAAAAAUCUACUUUUCUUUUCCUGGAGAACUUCUCAUGAGAAUGCUGAAAAUGUUGAUUCUUCCUCUCAUCACAUCCAGUUUAAUGUCUGGCUUGUCUGCUAUGGACACCAAGGCCAGUGGACGCCUGGGCCUUCUUACCAUCACAUAUUACCUGUGGACUACCUUCAUUGCUGUAAUUGUGGGGAUUAUUCUGGUACUGAUCAUUCAUCCUGGAACCGGCAUUGAAAAAGAGGGACAUAAAGCCUCAGGAGGGCCAGUGAUGACGUCUGCUGAUGCCCUGCUUGAUUUGAUCAGGAACAUGAUUCCAUCCAAUCUGAUUGAAGCCACAUUUCAGCAGUAUAAAACAGAGCUUGUGCCCAAUUUUAAAAACAGUGCAAAAUCAUCACAAGCCAACUUUGUGUACAUCAUGCCAGACUAUGAAAACCCCAAGAUGGGUCACCCAGUGUUUCUUGAACUCACUCCUCCUCCUGAAAUCCACUACAAAAUUGUACCAGGGAAAAGCAGUGGGAUGAACGUGCUAGGAAUCGUCAUUUUCUCUGCCACUAUGGGUCUUCUGCUUGGUAGAAUGGGAUCCAGAGGUUCGCCCCUAGUAAAUGUGUGUCUUUGCAUUAAUGAAUGUGUUAUGAAGAUCAUCAAUGCUGCUAUGUGGUACUUCCCAUUUGGAAUCGUAUUUCUGGUUGCUGGGAAGAUCCUGGACAUGCAUGAUCCUGUGGUCCUUGCGGAGAAGCUUGGGAUGUACUUCAUGACGGUUCUGGCGGGACUGUUCGUCCAUGGUGUGAUUUUGCUGCCGAUGUUCUUCUUCCUGUUCACUAGGAAAAACCCCUUUAGCUAUAUCCGCGGCCUCCUCCAGGCUCUGGUUAUUGCUUUGGCAACUUCAUCCAGUUCAGCUACUUUGCCUAUUACAAUGAAGUGCUUACUGGAAAACUGCCACGUGGAUCGGAAAAUUGCUCGAUUUGUACUUCCUGUGGGAGCUACUAUCAAUAUGGAUGGCACAGCGCUAUAUGAAGCAGUGGCAGCCAUCUUUAUUGCCCAGGUCAAUGAGUACGAGCUUGACUUCGGACAACUUGUUACUAUAAGUAUCACAGCUACAGCGGCAAGUAUCGGAGCAGCUGGAAUCCCUCAGGCUGGUCUUGUUACCAUGGUUAUCGUUCUUACCUCAGUGGGUUUGCCUCCAGAUGACAUCUCACUUAUUGUAGCUAUCGACUGGAUCCUGGACCGAUUUCGAACAAUGAUCAAUGUGCUUGGAGAUGCAUUAGCGGCAGGAAUCAUGGCUCAUGUGUGCAGAAAGGACUUCCAGAAAGACAGCCAAUCCUCAAGCAACUCAGAGAGACGAGAUACCGUGAUAUCAUUCGGAAACCAAAGCGUGCAGAGCUUUCCCACAUCUGAGGUUCCACUUCUGGCAAACAGGGACUACAUCUUAGAGGUUGUCGGCGAUCAGGUGAUUGAGAGGCCGACUGCCUGUUAUAACCUAUGCCAAGUCUAACUUUGACAGACGAUACCAAGCAGGAGCAGAAGUUGCCUUGACUUCACAAAAACCUUCCCCCUUUUCCUCCCCUUUGUUCCACAUUUGUGCCAUUCUGUCUUUUUACAUCACAGAUGUUACUGUUACCAAAAGUGUCGCCUUUGGUGAACUUGAAAAAUUAGAACAUUUGGGUGCUUUUGACACCUUAACUUGGGGGUUUUGUAAAUUAUAAAAGCUUUUUUUUUUUUUUUUUUUAAUGUUCAUCUUCUAGAAUUGCCUUAAAAUGCAGUAGUUAUUGACUGACCACAAUAAUAAAACCACAUCCAAAAGGGAAACAUUAUACAAGUAGCAAGUCGACUGGGGCUCCAGAUAUGGAUCAUCAGUUGCCUUGUCAUACAGUGUACGGUGACAACAAAAUAUGAUUUGUAAUGACUGUAAGAAUAGAGAUUGUCAUGCUUCAUUAUGUUCUUAGUGCACAAUCCUCUGUUCAGUUCAUCUGGGAUGGCAAUUUGAUUAUGUUUGGAGAAGUCGCUGUACAUUGUCAUUACCAAUUGUUUAUUUUCUUAAUAAAAAAAAAAUAUUGUUAUUAAUCAUACUGUAAAAGAACAGGAACUACUGGUUACUGGUUUAUAAUUUAAACCUAAAAUGUGUAGAAAAUAGUUUAAAAUGAAAAAUCUUUCUGAAACCUUUACCCCAUAUUCAUUUCAGUUCACUAAUACCAAGACACAAAUUUCCAGAUUUGCAGUGAUGCCUGAUAUUUUAUUUCACAUCUACAUGUUAGACAGUAGCUCAUAACAGAUGUUCACUGUAGAAUCAAAGUAUUUCAUUAAAAAAUUAAGACACACUCAUCAAUAUCAACACAUAAAACCAUACACAGUAAGCUAAAUAAAUAAAUUCCACCAUUUGGUAAUCUUCCAGUAUUUCCUACAUAAAUUAAGGCUUAAAACAAGCAACCAUCCAGUAAAUUCUACUUGGUAUUUCUUACAACUGGCAUCUCCGUUGACUUGCUGGGCGAUCUUUGAAACAUCAGGAUAUCAAAAAAGACGGACAGGGAAAAGGAUGCUAUAAUUACUACUUAUUAUUACGAAAUCACUUAAAUAUUGCACAUAUGCCAAAACGUGCACAAAAAGAGAAUGCCAAGGUUAAGUGUUUCAUAUUAAGGACAUGUAACCAACAGUGGCUGUAAAGCUGCUAAUAGGUUCACACUGAACCAUAAGUAACAGAUGACACUGGUUGAUCCGAGUAUAGUAAACUGCUGCUUAUUACAAACUUGACGAGAUAGAAUAUAGUGUGUCACUGUACAAAAACAGACAAUUAGGAUUAAAUGUAAGUCACUAAUAAUAUAAAUAUAUGCACACACUCACACACACACAAUACCAACCUUAAGUCUCGUAGCAGAGGGAGCAUAAGAACUGUCUGUGCUGAAAAUGAUCAAAAAUCUCACACGAGGCAUCUUGGAAAAUGUAUGGAUUUGUCUAACUACAGGAAACCCUAUGUGGGGUCUAGCUUCACCAUUGCUCAUCGGUGAGAUCUACAGCUGAAAAUCUCU